CGCUCAACUUGAAACGGCCAACUUCUUGUCGUAUCCACUAUCGCCACCUCUUUUUCUACGAUGACUAUGUCCCGGGCCAUCUCAUUAGAGUCUUGCCCUGACAUUUCCAGGAAUCUGUCCGGCGCUAACGGCGCCAGAUUCACUCCUGGCGUGUUAGGAUCGCCUCCAGCAACAGAGAGGAACCCCCCACGUUGGCGUCGCCCGGGCUUGAUUGGCAUGCAAUCCUUCUGGUCUGGCCGGGAUUAAAGUUCCUGGUCUUGUUGGUGGUGGUAGUGGUAGUGGUACUAAG